UGAACUUCUCACCAGUAAAGGAGCCAAUGUUGAUAUCAAAAAUGUUCAGAAUCAGACACCUCUUCAUCAUGCUGCUUCCCAUGGUCACAAGAGCGUCACUGAAGUUCUCAUCCGUAAAGCAAACGAUCUUAAUAUCAAAAAUAAUUUUAAUGACACACCUCUUCAUUUGGCAGCAAUGAGGGGUCACGGAGGUGUCGCUGAUGUGCUUCUCAAGAAUGGAGCUAACGCUGAUAUUGGAAGUGAUUUGAAUUCCACAGCUCUUCAUUUAGCUGCAUUAGGUGGUCACAAAAAUGUCGCCGAGGUUCUCCUCAACAAAGGCGCCAAUAUGGAUAUCAUGAAUAAUUUGAAUCAUACACCUCUUCAUUACGCUGCUAGAAAUGGUCACAAGAAUGUUGCUGAACUUCUCAUCAAAAAAGGAGCCAAAGUUGAUAUUAGAAAUCAUGAGAAUCUAACACCUCUUCAGUUAGCUGUUGACCAUGGUCACAAUAAUGUCGCCAAACUUUUUAUCGGUAAAAGAAACCGAAUUAAUAUUGAAGAACAAUUGGAAUAGAUUCAAUAUGCUGC